UACUUCGACUCCUACUCUCACUUCGGCAUUCAUGAAGAGAUGCUCAAGGACAGCGUGCGAACUAAAGCUUACCAGGAUGCCAUCCGAGGAAACGCUCAUCUUAUCCGAGGCAAGGUUGUGCUUGACGUCGGUUGCGGCACAGAAGGAAUUCUUUCUAUGUUCGCUGCUCAAGCAGGAGCGAAACACGUGUAUGCUGUAGAUAGCAGCAAGAUGGCAGAAAAUGCAAAGCAGAUCAUCGAGGCCAACGGGUUUCAGGACGUGAUCACUGUGAUUCAAGGGAAAGUGGAAGAGAUCGACCUGCCGGUGGAAAAGGUCGACGUGAUCGUAUCAGAGUGGAUGGGCUACUGCUUGUUGUUUGAAGCCAUGUUUGACUCCAUCAUCUAUGCCAGAGAUCGCUGGUUGAGAGAUGGAGGGAUGCUCCUUCCUGACAAGGCCGAGUUGUACAUCGCUGCGAUUGAAGACGCCAAAUACAAGGAGGAUAAGAUUCACUUCUGGGAGAAUGUCUACGGUUUCAACAUGAGCCUCAUGAAACGCGUGGCUAUGUUCGAGCCUCUUGUGGAUACUGUUCAUCCCGAUCACAUCUGCACUUCCAUUCGCCCGCUGUGGAACGUGGACUUGCUGACAGCGCAGAAGUCGGACAUGCAGGUAGACGCGCCAUUCGAGCUUCAGGCGAUCAGAAACGACUACGUGCAUGCACUCCUCAUCUUCUUCGAAGUCGGCUUCACUCAGGGACACAAGCCCCUCUGGCUCUCCACAGGCCCUCAUCACAAGUCGACUCACUGGCAUCAAACGGUGCUCUACCUCAAUGAUGUCCUCACCAUUGCCAAGGAUGAGCUCAUCCAAGGGCACAUCAAGAUUUUUCCCAGCUCGACAAGCAAGCGGCAUCUGGACUUUUCUCUCAACUAUCAGUUCGAUGGGGAGGUGACUCUUAUCUCCUCUCAACUAGCUCCUGAAUUCAUUGACAGGCUGUCAAUGGAUUCGCCAACCAAACGCUCAACGCGUCGCAGUCAUAUCGGAUGA